AAGUGCAGGAAGCAAUUUCUUAGCCAGUCUGGGCUGUCAACGAGAGAUGGAGCAACUGAAUCCACACAGCGUUCUGGUGACCGGCUCCAAUCGGGGACUUGGCUUGGAGCUGGUCAGGCAGCUGGCAAAGAAGAGCAACCCCCCAAAAUGGAUCUUUGCCACUUGCCGGGACCCGGCUGGACCCCGUGCUCAGGACCUGAAGAAUUUGGCUGCUAAACACCCACAAAUUGUCAUCAUGGCAUUGGACGUGGAUGAUCCAUCCAGCGUCAAGGCUGCUGCAGCCAAAGUUACAGAAUGCCUAAAAGGGGCUGGAUUGAACCUCUUGAUUAAUAAUGCAGGGAUUAUAAAUAUUACCAGCCUGGAGACUGAAACACCAGAGAGCAUGGCUAACACCUACAGAAUCAACGUGAUUGGGCCCAUGAUAGUCGUCCAGGGGUUCAUUCCUUUGCUGAGGAAGGCAGCUCAAGAAAGUCCCCUGAAAGGCAUGAGCUGCAGCAAAGCGGCCAUCGUCAACAUUUCCAGUGAAGCAGGUUCCAUUACAAGUGUCCUUGAAUGGCAGCGGGGCCACGUCAUUGCUUAUCGCUGUAGUAAGUGUGCUCUGAAUAUGCUCUCUAAAUGCCAGUCCUUGCAUCUUGCCAAAGAUGAGAUUUUGUGUGUUGCGUUGCAUCCUGGAUGGGUACAGACUGACAUGGGAAAUUUAAUGGGAACACCCCCACUGACAAUGGAGCAGAGUUUGCAAGCUAUUCUGAACACCCUUGGCCGUCUCUCUGAGAAAAAUACUGGCACAUUUGUGAACUGGGAAGGGAAUCUUGUUCCCCUGUGAGACAAUCAAGAGUCUGCUUCUCUGCACUGAAAGGCAAUGUUCUCAUAAAAGGCAAUGCAGAUUUCCAUCUUCAGUGCUCAUUAUAUCUUGCUCUGCUGCAUGUGCUCCAAUUCUCCCUUGCUUCAGUUAAUCUGUCUGACUCUUUCAGGCCGUAGGUCCCAAUGAUUGGUCUGAAUAUUUCUGGAUGGCAGCAGCUGCAAAGCAGCCAUUUUGUACUGGAGAAUUUUCUUCCAGAUGUCUAAAAUCUAAAGCAUAUAUUGAAGCCCAAGAGGAUGACUUUUUCCCCAACUCCACGUCGGGUGAAAUGAGUCUAGACGUAAACUGUAGUUCUCUUGCAAAAAGGCCAUCUGGAACAUUUUAUAGACUGCUAUGCAUGAAAUAAAACUGAUUGAAACUGUUUUGUUAGCAA